AAAGGGUUACGGCCAAGUGACAGAAGCGUUAUGGAUGUUUAUCUCCGUCCUGUCGUCGGGCUACUUCUUCCUAGUGUCCCUCAUCUUUUCUCCAUCUUCCCAUCGACACCAUGCUGCGUUCUCUGUUCAGCUUCGUCUCUCAAAUGUUCGCUGUCCUGAUGCUCAUCCUCUACGGCACAUCGUGGGUAUGGGGUGGGUUGCGCACGCUCUGCCAGUACCCGUUUGUCUCGUCUUUCGUGCAAUCUUGCGACACCAUCAAUUCCAACAUGACGGUUUGGGCCGCUCUCCCGUUGCUGUUGAAUGCGCAGACGACAGGCAUGGAGCAGGUGCUCAGCCAGACUAGUGCACACACCGAGAUCAUCGUUGAUCUUCUGGAUACGCGUCUGGCUUCGGUUGAUUUGUCCAUCCUCGUACAAUCGAGCGACCUCGAGUAUCGCUACCAGAUAUCCACCCUCAUUGACAAGCUCGCUGAUGAUGCGCUGGACCUCAACCGUGGCCUGCAACAUCUCUCGGCGAAGAUCACGGCGGGCUUUGACAGGAUUCUCUUAACGAAUGAUCACCUCUAUCAGCUGCUGCGCAGCUCCCCCAUUUCCCCCGGUCACAUGGCUGAUGCUCAGUCCUGCCACUCAAGCUCGAUGUCAGGCAAAAACCAGGAAUGCGAGCCUCCUUACCCCGACAUCGCGCGUGCGUAUGAGCGCGCCCUCCAGACGUAUGAGAUCGUACUUCGCGAGCUCAUGCAGUGCAGUACCGACUCCCUCACCAAAGCGGCAGUCCUUGACGCGGAUUUAAUAUCCACCAUGAACGUCGUCGCGCGGGAGAAAUUUAGCGUCGACCUAGCUCGACGGGAGCUCGGUCUAGGGCUGCUCUGGGAACUCCUAGGCGGUAACAGGCUGCAUGCCGUAACCCUCGCUCGGAAUGAGAAUGUCCUCAGCCGCGUCGGAGUCCACAGCGCAAAAACUCUGCGCUACGUCCGGACGAUCCAGGACACGCUCGAAGGCAUGGAGAGGCACCUCGACGAGCUGCGGCUCGUAGCAUCCGGGGCCAUGGUAGCCGAGGCCGCACCACCAGAGGUAAUUCUGCGAAUGCUUGCCAGAGGUCUCGAGCGCUUGGGAAGCGCUCGGAUCGGCGACUCUAAGCGCAGAGUUUCGACGUUCGUGGACGCUCUUUAAGCUUGGAAUUGUUUGUCUGAUCCCUGUCUCCCACCCAAUGAUCCCGUUCUCCUUCACGUCGUUUGCUCCCCUUUUGCCACCCCCCCCCCGAACGUGCUUGUUAUGUCGUAUCUCGAUGCUCUUCUUUCUUACGCCUAUGCUUGACUCCGUUCGUUUUGUCUAAUCUAAUUUUUAUCCCUCGAAAUUGUCA